UGAAGUGGUGGAACUACACAAGACAGAGUGGCAUCAUAAGCACAGCGAAUUUCGUGAAGUUGGCACACAUUGUGUAAAGGAAGGGUUGUACAUAAGGGAACUGUGAGUAUCAUGUCCGAUGAACAAUUCUUUCGUGAGAUAAGAGAAACCAUGAUCGACGAUACACGCAAAAUGUUGGAAAAUGCUGGUGCGGACAAAGACAACAAAGGACCAGCAAAGGAAAACAACAAAUCGAAGUCAGGCAAGAAGCUGAAGGACAACCGAGACUCGUUGGAAAUCCAGCAUCCGUCCCAUUCACAAGAGUCAAAAACGCACCCCAGUCUGGAAAAUGUUGGUGUAAACAAAGACAAGAAAGCGCUAGCGAAGGAAAACAACAAAUCGCUGGCAUGCAAGAAACCGAAGGAUUCCGGAGAAAGGGAAAUCAUUUUCAUGAAUCCGCCCACUACUUUACAAGAGUUGAAAACGCUUCCCAAUCUUCUAGACAUGGGGAGAGUGGAUGUAACCGAACCAGUUGCAUCUUCGUCGGGCCUACCCGAGAGGAGAGCGGGUAAGGUCACCUUCGGAAAUGUUGGCGAAGCGGUCAACAAAUCUACGAAGGAGAAUGUAACACGGAACCCGAACAGUAAAUCGGAAUCGGAAGAAGAUGAACCACCGCUUGGACUUCCCGAGCUAAGAAGCCAUAAGGUAGUUCAAGGAAAGACAAACAAAAAACAAGAAAAUAAGAAGAAUCUGAGGGAGGCUAAUAAACAUCCUGAUUCGAGAAAGAGCAACACCAAACCGAUUAAAGAUGAUGUAGCUGACGAUCGGAUUUUGCGGUUAUCGAAAAAGAUCAAUCAGCUCAAGAAUGAUAUCGACGACAUUAAAAAGACGAGCAAAGAAUAUCUUGGAAGACCCAAACAUGAUUCAAGCACACCUAGACACGAUCUCGCCGCCACUAGUACAUCGAAGAAUCCACCGGAAAAGAAGGAAAAAAUGAAGGAUAAUAAGGCCAAACCAGUAAGAUCAGCAUCGGAAACUGGUGAUAAAAAGGAGUUGAAACGUAAAGACAAAUCACCUAGUGUGUCAAAUCCGCAAGCGAUGACGACACACGAAGCGUUGGUAAGCGAUGAGCUACCACCGGAACAUAAACUAUUGUUGCAGCUGUUUUUGCUCAGUUCCAGCCAGCGGAGAAAGUUUAUUGAAAGCCAGGGAAUGGAGCUCGGUCUGCUUGAUCCCCAUCCCUACAAGAAGCAUGUUGUGUUGGUCAACAAAAACAUUCUGCCCGUUGCAGAAAAUCUAGCUUUGGAUGCGAAACGUUUUCUUGCCGAAAGGAGUGGAUCCGCAGGACUGGUGGCUUUGUCCCAGGAACGUACAAAUCACCAUACUCAAACUGCAACCAACAGCAAGCAAAAACGAGACGGUAGGGGAACGUAUGAAGAUCAGAUAAACUUUAUGCUGAACGAUCUGAACUCGAAGGAUACAUCCAAUCUUGAGAUGGUGUCUGAAGAAGUACGGGACAAAGCUAACGAAAUCAUGCAGGAACGUUUGGAUGCGUUUGUGGAGCGGUUGGUAGCGAAAAACGUCGGGUACUUGGUCGAGGGAAUAUUGCGCAUCAACGCACGCAACAAUAUGCAGUCGUUUGUGGAUGAUGUCUCACGUACCGGAAAUGUUUACAUAAAUUCCAUCCUACUGCGACGAUGCGCCAUGGAAGGCGAUUUGGUACGGGUGUUUGUAAAGAAUCAGUCGCCAGAUUCGGAUGAAGAAUCGGAUGAUAACUCUGAUUGUGAGAACGGAACAGUGAAAGAGACUGUAAAAGCGACGAAUAACAAUGCAGGAUUUGUAGUGCGUAUCCUGGAGAAACGACACAAUCGUCAGUGCGUUGGGAAGUUCCUUCCGGCUGCACAGGGUAAGAAGCACUAUCGGACGUUUGCACCCAGAGAUAUGCGCAUACCUCCAGUGCGUGUGUUCAGACAGGAUUGGCCCAAUGCGCUUCUGGAUGUAAAACCCACGAAACCGAGGGAUGACGAUCGAAAGGUACCUCAAAAGAAUGAGCCGGAUGUGACAGAAGUCUUAUACCAAGCCGAAAUCAUCGAGUGGCAGGAUGAGGUACCGAUCGGUACGAUAUUGAAAUCGAUCGGCAAGUGUGGUGUACUUGAGGUUGAAAACGAAUCCAUUUUGGUCGAGCACAACCUCGAUGUAACGCCUUAUGGAGAAGAAAUUUUAGUCCAGCUUCCGGCAGUACCGUACACCAUACCGGAGGAGGAGUUGGCCCGCCGUGAAGACCUCCGCGGCGAGUGCAUAUUCACGAUCGAUCCGGCAACGGCACGCGAUCUGGAUGAUGCACUAAGCUGCAAGCAGCUUGCAAACGGUAACUACCAAAUAGGCGUACACAUAUCGGACGUAACGUACUUUUUGCGCGAAAGUUCCCCGUUGGAUGAGUUGGUGAAACUUCGGGCCACCUCAAUUUACAUGGUGGAUACGGUGUACCACAUGCUACCGAAGCAACUGUGCAACACUUGCUCUCUGCUGCCCGGUGAAGACAAGCUGGCCUUUUCGGUGUUUUGGGAAAUGCAACCCGACGGGACGGUGCUAAGUACACGAUUUGCACGCACCGUAAUAAACUCCUGCUCGCAGCUAUCUUACGAGCAUGCGCAGCUCAUGUUGGACAACCCAAACGGUGAACUGGAUGACGAAGAGUUUCCCGAAAUACUGCACGGAUACACUGUACAGACGCUCUGUAAAAUCGUCAAUACUCUGCAAUCGAUCGCGGUGAAAUUGCGUCAGCGUAGGAUGGAUGAUGGCUGUCUGAAGAUUAAUCAGCCGAAGUUAACUUUUCGGCUCGAUCCUGCCACUGGUCGACCGAUCGAAUAUGGUGCGUACCAAGUCCGGCCGAGUAAUGAGAUGAUCGAAGAUUUUAUGCUUCUUGCAAACACGUCCGUUGCAAAUGCCAUACAUAAGGCAUUCCCAGCGAUAUCGCUGCUUCGCUCGCACAGUCCUCCGGCAGAGAACAUGAUGAAGAAUCUGGCUCGGACGCUGUCCCUCCAUGGGUAUUCACUAUCCUACGCAGGCCCGAAAGACAUACGCGAGUGCAUGGAAACGAUUAUCACUUCGUCCACGAAUCCGGACGCAUCCCGAGCCGUGUUGAGCGUGUUGCUCGCCAAGCCGAUGAUCCGUGCGCAGUACUACUGUUCAAUGUUUGCGACAACUCCCGAGCACUUUAUGCACUAUGCAUUGGCUAUACCGAUGUACACUCACUUCACUAGCCCAAUUCGACGAUAUGCAGAUUGCCUGGUGCAUCGUGUACUUGCCGCUAUGCUGGAAAUCGAUGAGCCACCGAGACGUUCGCCCGAGGAGCUACAGAGUCUGGCAAUGAUUUGUAACGAGAAGAAGUACAACGCCAAGUUAGCUGGCGAAGCCAGCUCUUUGCUCUACUUUCGACACUGGUUGGCUUCGGUGAAAGAAUACGAAACUGAUGCUGCUGUGAUGGGGUAUGCAGCUCAUUAUAUCGAGCUGGUAUUGAUUCAUUCCGGAAUCGUACUUAAAGCUGCAACAAAGAAACUUUCCGCCGUUUCAACGAUCGUAUUUAAACCAAUCGAACCACUCGGAAGCUGCCUGCUCGUUCCGAUGGACAAAUCUAUACCAUAUGUUAAGUUAACCAUGUUCAGCAAGGUCCGAGUCACGGUGAAAGUCGUCAAGGAUGUGAUCACUGUGAGCUCAAUUCUUCCCAUACCGCAGGAAGAAAUUAAAAUAUCGAAAACCUUCGAGAGAUCGGUUGAUAAGUUAAGCGCCGAAAUGAAAUCCGCUCGUAUAUACUAAGAAUUUGUGUUAAAUGUUCCAAUUGUUUUUUGUUAACGUAACGUUUUUCCAUGUUCAUCACUGUCCAUGUUCUCAUUUGAUAUUAGUCGUAUCUUUUUUUUUUUGUUUUACCUAUUAGAUCAAUUUACGAACGUAAUAACUUCCUUCUAUAGUUGAACUUUCGGACACUGUGUAAAGCUUUUAACUUUCUAGAUGAUGCAGAAAUAUUUGUAUGUGUGAAUGUUUGUAGAUUUAAACUAUAAUUUAGGUGAAUGUUGUGUGGCUUGUAUCGGAGCUUGAAAAUAAGCCCGAUUUCAGGUAUCCUUUCGCGCAAAAGAUUAUUAGAUUUUUGGUUAAUAAGUCAUACAUACUGCCCGUAGGUAAGGCAAGGCAAGGGGUGUUAAGAUCGUGCAACAUUGUAAUGUUAAACAAGAUGAAAAAUUAUUUUAAAGCGUUUUAUAACCGCGUGUAUGCACGUGGACAGGGAAAUCCCGUUUUGAUUAUACCAUUUACAUCAAUUUGGGGUACUGCUUGAGAAAGUAACUAUAUGAGCAUUUUCGCGCGUUUUAAAAUUGUUUGAACUCGAGAAACGGCACCGAUAUCAUCGGAUGUUCAUCCGCGGCAAUGUGCAAUUUCGCAUAGACUGAAAAAAAUGAAAAAAUGAUUAAUGCGAUUAACAUAAAGUACCUGUUGAUAUACCACAUUUAGCAAUCAGUUUAUUGAUUGAUCGUUUUCUUCCCGAGAUGAGAGAAGAAUUCUUCAAUCGUGUUAAUAUAGUAUUUUAGCAAAAUUGUGCAUACCACGCGUUCUGCAAAUAUACAGAUUUGUAUGUAUGAUGUAUGUCCUUUUCUAAAAUUAAUA